AUGGAUGCCUGUCAUCUUCUUUUUGGGAAGCCAUGGAAAUAUGACCUCAAGGCCCAUCGUGAUGGACACAAGAACACCUACUCAAUGACCAAAGAUGAAAAGGUUAUUGAAUUGAUACCCCUACCUGAUAACAGUGAGGAUCAAAAGGAGGAGGCUGAGAUUAUGAUCAUGGAAAGAAAAGAGUUCCUCAAGGAAAUCAAGGAACAAGGAAUACAUUGUUUUGCAAUUAUGUUAGUACCAAGGCAAGAAGAAGAGCCCACUAUAGAUGGAAAGUUAGAAAAGAAAAGGGUGACAGUCCAUGAGGAGUUGAAUCAAAUGUUGAGGAAAUACAAGGAAAUAGUUGCAGAAGAGUUGCCAAUAACCCUACCACCAAUAAGGGACAUAAGCCAUUGCAUUGAUAUCAUUCCCGGUGCCACCUUACCAGACAAGCCAGCCUACAAAAUGACUCCCCAAUAA